UCUCGCUCAUCAUGUCGUGAUAGAAACGAGUUAUUGAAGCGUCGAACGUCCUCUUCGGCUCACCACCGGUCUUCGUGUCUUCUGCUCCGUCUCUAUACGAACACUUCAAUCUUGACCCAUCUAAACCAGCUAUCCUUGCUCUCAAGGACCACGAUUCCUCAGUACCCGCCAUAUGGUCUUACCUGGAUUCAUUCGACUCAAUAGGCGCUUUGGGAAAAUGGGUAUGUCACGCUUCAUGUAUAUACUACGUUACCAACAGCCUUCCAGCUUGUACGCAACAGACUUCCAACGUUUGUCGAGCUCGACUCGGACUCGUUCCAGGAGGUUAUGAACGCGCCACACAAGCCGCUCGUUGUCCUCGUGGCGGCACCGCAGAGUGAGUUGCGUGACACUGCUGAGCAAGUGCGCACUGUAGCGCAGCAAUGGAGGGAUUCCAAACAUCCCGGCGACAUUGUCUUUGCCCUAAUGGACGCUGACAAGUGGGGGAGCUGGCUCAAAAGUAUGUAUGGCAUCAAGGCCGAGUCCGGCCCCCGUGUCGUUGUCGCGGAUCAUUCUGUGAGUGCUCUUUUUUGAUGGU